AUGGCAGGUACUUUGGCACGUAAGGCUGUUGACCAUCUUAAAAGCAAGGAGUUCAGAGAGUAUCUAAUGAGGUAUGACACAUUUGCAAGAUCUGGAAGAUAGCUAGCUAACACUUUUACUGUACCAACUAGCAAGCUAGCUAGCUAAUAUAGCAAUUACAUUAAUUAUCAAACGUAUCGAGCUAACAUUAGUUGUAAAUUGUAGCUAGCUACUACCGUUAACGUUUUUUGUACAAAUGUUUUGUGUCCGGCCUGAAGGACGUUUGCGCUUGAAUGUUGUUGUUAUCACUCAAGCUAGCCCUUAUCUUCAUGACCCCAAUUACAUUACAUUGGGUCAUUGCACGUCCCCUUUUGCCUUGUGAGUGAAAUGACACCCCCCGGAAACAUUUCGAACUUAACUUUCUCGAGUUAUAAAUAUUUUUUCAAAUACAAAAGAUGCACUUACCGUGCUUAGUUUAGCAAAGUUGCACCCAGCUGUGUUUUGAGUAACACUUGCUUUGAAACCCGACGUUGAAUUGCAUAGAAUUCUACGUCUGGCAGAAAUGAACGUUUGAAUCAGGAACGUUUCCUCUCGCUACCUCUACAAGCCAGAAUGUUGAAUAAAAUUAUAUUUUAAAGUACUUUACCGGUUGUCCGUGUGGUUGGUCCUUUUGGCGGUAGGAAUGUGAGACAAUAUAUCCACAGGAAAGUAUAAUUACAUCAACUUUUCAAAGCGCUGUAGUGCGUUCAGAUUUCUUUCACCUGAAACAUGCGCAGAACCAUGUAAACACGAGCUCGGCAAGUAUGCAUGCUUCUCAUGCAUGUAUUUUAUCUUGUGCGCAUGUUUCAGGCGAUAUCAAAUGUGAAUGCACAAACGGGGCUUUGACAAGUUGAUGUAAUUAUACUUUAUUGUGGAUAUAUUGUCUCACAUUCUUACCGCCAAAAGGUCCAACCGCACGAACAACUGAUAAAGUAUGUUAAAAUAUCAUUUUAUUCUGCAAUUCAACUUUGGGUUUCCAGGCAAGAGUAACACUAUGUAAUUGCUAGCGUAAGGUGAGAGGUUGUGUUGUACCCUUGUCUGGAGGCUUUUACAUCUGGGUGUGACUUUGCUAAAUUGCGUACUGUAAAUAUAUAUAUUUUGGUCCCCUGUAGCUCAGUUGGUAGAGCAUGGCGCUUGCAAUGCCAGGGUUGUGGGUUCGUUUCCCACGGGGGGCCAGUAUGAAAAAUGUAUGCACUCACUAACUGUAAGUCGCUCUGGAUAAGACCGUCUGCUAAAUGACUAAAAUGUAAAUGUAUUUGAAAGAUUAUUUGUUGUUGGUAUGAAAGUUAAAUUCCAAAGCUAAGGUUUCCAAAACAGUAUCACAAGGGAGGAUUAUUUGCACAUAGAAAAGAUCUACCGCUUCAGUGAGAAUGACAGAUCUAUAACUCACAUUUCUAUGUGAAUUUGGUCCGGUCGCCCAAAAAGUUACAUAUUGCAGCUUUAAUGUUUCUAAACGUCAGAACAGAGUGUCAGGUUUGUAGUUCACAUGGAGCCAGCUGUGGUCCCAAAAGGGGGCCGGCUAUAAGCCCUCGUGGGCCCCCUUGGGUUCUCGAGAGCUAGCUGUCAAACUAGCCUACUGCUGAUGUGUUGCCGGGGAUGUCAGCCCUAUAUGAGUAUUAUGCCGCGUUCACGUCAUGUCGUAGUGAUCGGAGGAACGACCUUCUACUUCGGAGGAACAAUUUGGACCGUUCACGUGCUCGGAGAUCGGAAGGAACGCAAGAACCAUUCUCACCAUUGACAGCCGAAAACACGGCCAUGUUUGUUGCCAUUUUCAGUGGUGUGUGACGUCAUAGUUCAGCAUGUGGGAAAGAUGGGGGUCCAGAGAUCAUACCGGAGUUUCCUAGUCGUAAUUAUGAGUUGGAGGGGCGUUCACAUGCAUUUUUCCCAGUAGGAAGGUCGUAUUCAUGAGUUCCCGACAUGACUUGAACCAUACAUUUAUUAGUUGUCCCAGGCAGGAUGCGAUGUGUUGGUUGUUUUCCUAAGGUAUAGGCAUAUCCCCUAACCAAAACUCCUUCUGUCUUGUUAUGUCUGUCAUCUUGGUGUCUUCACGGGAACUUUCAAAAAUAAGCACAGUAAGUACUCUGUUCGUUGUGUAGGCUACUUUUGUUUUUGUCUACUAAAAUCACAGAAUGUUUUGGCUUCAUUGAACAUAGCAGAUAGACUCCUCUCUUAGGUAGUUAGUUGGCAAGAUGGUAUAAUUGCUAUGGCAGUUUGAAUAAAUUUGACCCUUACAGUAACCUCGUUGCUCUCAACAUUAAUUGUUCCUUAAAAUGUUGUUUUCUACUUCUAUUCCAGCACUUCUGGGGACCUGUGGCCAACUGGGGUCUGCCCAUUGCUGCCAUCAGUGACAUGAAGAAAAGCCCUGAGAUUAUCAGUGGCAGAAUGACCUUUGGUGAGACACGAUACAGAAAACAUAGACAGGUUUGAUCGCCUGUUCACUAUAAUACUAGCAGCAGACUCAAGCUUGUUGAAUAACUCCAUGCUUUGAUCAAGUAGAAUUCCAAUAGUUUAACAUUAUUCUUUGAACUUCAACAAUCCUUUCCUGCAGUCUGACACACAAGGCAAGAACAUUUAGGAUGUCUGAAAGAUAUGAAUGAAGUUUCAAGUGGCUGUUAAUUCCUUAUUUAUUCAGUGUUCUUUGUUGUCGCCCCUCCCCCCCUCCGGCAGCUCUGACCUGCUACUCACUCCUGUUUAUGAGGUUUGCAUACAAAGUUCAGCCUAGGAAUUGGCUCCUCUUUGCUUGCCACCUAACCAAUGAGACAGCCCAGCUCAUUCAAGGAUCACGACUUAUCAAAUACAAGUAA